UCAAGUAUGCAAACCAUUUCCUUUAUAUAACCUAAAAAUAAUUUAACAGCUCAUCUCAUCUCAUCCAAUUUGCCUCUACUUCUCCUCUGUAAGUAUCAUUCUGUUCUUUAUAAUCCAAAGAAGAACAGAAUUUACUUCUGCCGGGAAAUCUUAUCCAGCUUGGUUGUAAGGGGAAUCUCGCCGGAUAUGAUCGGCAGAUAGUCGGAAUCCGGUAGAUUUCUUGAGUGAGCAUUUGCAGACACUUCUCUCUCAAGUCUCAUCUUUAUUUUUCUUGCAUCAUCUCUUCUUUUCAUUGUGAGAUAUGGGAGCUGCAACUUGUUUGCAAUUGUUACACACACUAGUACCUCAAAUUCACUGUUAUUCAUCUUCUUCUAAGAGAGGAAUCAGUCACAAUGACCGUGUUCUUGUUCAUCGUUUCGAUCGGUCUUCUCUAUUCGGAUCAAAUUCCACAAACUUACUUCAGUUUCAAUCUUCCAAACCUAAAGGUCGAAACUUAAACAUAUUCAAGAGUGCUUGUAGUGCAAACUUCAACCAAUUCUCUAGUGAAGAAGAAGAUUUUUCCGAUGAAGAAUUUUCUAAGCAAAUUCUUGAAUUAGCGAAAAAGUUUCAGCUUUCCGGAGGCGAUGAUGAUUCAUCAGAAACUAAUAAUAACAACAUUAAUCAAUCUGUAGAGGAUUCAGCAACUGAAAUCAUUUCUGAUUCAAGAUUUAAAAAAUUCGAAUUCAGUAACGAGUUCAGUUUUUUAAAUGAAAAAAUUAACAGUAGAAUUCCGUUUCCUGAGCAACCAGAAUGGGCAGGAAACUUAGAUAUAAUUCCAGCCGUGAUCGAAAGAAAAGCAAACAGCGUCGAUCUACCAAUAUCUCUUCGGAUUAUAAAGCGAAAGAAUCAAUGGGAAGAAGGGUUUAAAGAAGCAGGGGAAGUAGCUUCAUGUUCAGUAAAGAAAGCAUUUUCAUCAAUGGUGUUUAUAAUCAGAGAAAUCCAAAGCUAUACGUUACAAAUGAGAGAGGUCUUGUUCUACGAAAAUGUUCAAGGAAUUCUUUCUAGAGUUCAGAAAGAAAUGAACGCGUCUUUUGUCUGGUUAUUUCAACAAGUUUUCUCUCAUACUCCAACUCUAAUGGUUUCAGUUAUGAUCCUCCUUGCAAAUUUUACAGUUUAUUCGAUGUCGAAUAAUACUGCAAUUGCUUCUCCAAUGAUUCCCCAAGUCAUGACAACCGAGAGUGUUCAAGUAACAGAAAAUUAUCAGACGACUCAUCGAAAACCAACGUUUGAUUCUUCAUCAAUCAAGACAUUCUCUGUCUCACCAAUUGGAGGAAAUAACAAUGGCAACGGAAAUGGCAAUGGGAAGAUUAAGUUAAUUGCAAGUGGAGCUGAAGGUGGAGAUGGAUCUCUAUCUUCUACAUCCAAUUUACGUCGUUCGAUUCUUCCAGAUGAAAUCUCUCAAGAAGUUUCGUCAGUUGGAAACACUAAAGAGAUAGUAAUGCGAGAAGAAGAAGUAAAACUAUGGAAUUCAAUGGUUGAAGAAGCUUCAAAAACAAGGGAUGAAAGUUUAGAUGAAGAAACAAUGAAACGAUUCGUAUCACCUGUAAAAGUUGAAGUCGAACAAGAAGAUUUCACAGAAUAUUUCAAGACUGAACUUCUUUACCAACUCGCUUUAUCGAAAGAACCUCAGAACCCUCUUCUUCUCUCUAACUACGCCCAGUUUCUCUAUCUCGUUGUUCAUGACCAUGACAGAGCGGAAGAUUACUUCAAUCGUGCAAUUAGUGUUGAAUCAGUGGUACCAGAUGCAGAAAUUCUAAGUCGUUAUGCGAAUUUCUUAUGGCUAGCAAAGAAAGAUAUAGGUGCAGCGGAAACAACAUACUUGGAAGCAAUAGCGGCAGAACCAAGCAACCCAUUUUAUGCAUCAAAUUAUGCUCAUUUUCUAUGGAGUACCGGUGCUGAUGAUACUUGUUACCCAUUAGACUCUCCUUCCAAUUCAACUUCUUUCGGUGCCACCAAUGAUGCUUAGAUAUUAAGAGUAGUAUAUACCAUGAUGUAGGUUUAGCUCAUAACUCCCUUCUAAAACUAGUCACUGCUCUGUUAUCUACAUCUUUUUUUUUUCUCAAAAUUACUUGUAAUUGAUUCAAAUUUCAUAGCAUCAAUCAAUAUAGGAUAUGAAAUGAGAUAAGAAAGAGAUGAAUUAUCUAACAACCAGACCGAACUUAGGUUGUUCA